AUGCGACAGCCGUCGCGUGCAGGAGUGGAGAAGUACUACGACGGCCCGUUUCUCUCGUUCUACGACUGGGAAUCGGCGGCCAGCGUCCGAGAAGCUUAUCAGCUCGUGUACGAACUCAUCGACGAGCAGGGGCCCUUCGACGGCGUCAUGGGAUUCUCGCAGGGUGGAUCCCUGGCCUCAUCCUUCCUGUUUCACCAUAUGGCAACGUGUCCCUCGCAGCCCGUCGAGCAGCUCUUCCGCUUCGCCAUCGUGAUUUGCAGCGGCAACCCAUUCGACGCCCGUGGACCAAGCACUCGACGAUAUCACCCCGAUGAGGACCUAGCGCGCAUUCCCAUCCCCACUGCCAACAUUGUGGGGCGCAAGGACGACGAGUACUCGCGCCAGCUGCUGUUGCAUCGGCUGUGCGACGCGCGCCGCGCCACGAUCUAUGACCAUGGCGGCGGCCAUGAGAUCCCGCGCCAUGCGGCGGCCGUGCGAGGGAUGAGCGAGGCCAUUACCCGUGCCAUUGGACAGGCGUACCUGUUGUGA